AUGACGGCAGGUCGCUAUGGAAACUGCGUUACGCUCCGGGCGGUCGGAGGAGAAAACAAGAGCGCGAGGACUCAUUUCGGUCCUCAUUUCAGCACCACGCGCUUCCUGGACAGCGCCCGAAUGAACUCGCGCACAGACUCUAGCCUCUUAUGCCUCGGCAGCAGCAUGUCUGAAACCAGAUCCAGCCAGCGGUUCCACAGCCUGAAUGCUGAGCAGGUGGAGGUUCUCCAUCAGGUUCUGUCGGAGGUGGUUCCAAUCCACGGACGCGGGAACUUUCCCACGUUGGAGCUGCGUCCUCGAGACAUCAUCAUAGCUGUGCGGGCCAGGCUGCAGAAGCAGGGAAUCACUGUAAGAGAUGUUCGUCUGAACGGCUCCACGGCCAGCCAUGUCCUUGUCCGAGACAAUGGAACAAGCUACAAGGACCUGGACAUCAUCUUUGGAGUGGAGCUGCCCAGUCAGGAGGAGUUCCAGGUAAUCAAAGAGUCAGUGCUGGGCUGCUUGCUGGACUGCCUACCUGCCGGGGUCAACAGGGAGCGGAUCAGCAGCGCAACAAUGAAGGAGGCAUACGUCCAGAAAAUGGUCAAGGUCUUCAAUGAACAUGACCGCUGGAGCCUCAUCUCCCUCUCAAACAACAGUGGAAAAAAUCUGGAGCUCAAAUUUGUGAGCGCAUUGAGGAGGCAGUUUGAGUUCAGUGUCGACUCCUUCCAGAUCAUUCUUGAUCGUCUCCUGCAGUCCUACAUUCAGCAGGAGUCACAGAACAUAGAUAAUACCGUCCUGGCAGAGAGCAUGUAUGGUGACUUUGAGGCAGCCAUGGACCACUUGCGCUACCGCCUAAUUGCUACCAGGAACCCCGAGGAGAUUCGAGGUGGUGGCUUGUUGAAAUACAGCAACCUGUUGGUUAGGGACUACCGACCAGCCAGCGAGACUCAGAUAAAGACACUGGAGCGCUAUAUGUGCUCGCGCUUUUUCAUCGAUUUCCCUGAUGUGCAGGAGCAGCAGAGGAAGAUCCUGUCCUACUUGAAGAACCACUUCAUCGGCGAGGAAAGAAGCAAGUACCAGUACCUGAUGACAUUGCGUCGUGUGGUAGAUGACAGCACAGUGUGUCUGAUGGGACAUGAGAGGCGUCAGACGCUGAAUAUGAUAACAGUACUGGCACUGAAGGUUCUAGGAGAGCAGAACAUUAUCCCCAACACAGAUCAUGUGACAUGCUUCUACCAGCCUGCCCCCUACCUUGCCGAGCACAGUGCCCCCUAUCUAGCAGAACCCAGCUACUGCAGCUACUAUAUACCCCAAGGGGGAUCAACUCUGCUUUACCAACCUUACCCCUUACACCUGCACACACAGACUGGACUAGUCUAAAACACACACUUAUUUACAAAAUAACGCAGAAUCGAGCAAGGGGAAGGUACUUGCCAUGAAGAAUGAGCUGGAGAAUGGAAAUAUAAUCCAGGGAUAAACUGUUUGGUCUAUAAUAGACCUAUGGGGGUGGGAUUGAGUGGGUUUUUACAGUGAACUCCCAGAGUACUCUGUAAGGUUCUAACAUGAUUAUAUGUAAUUAUCUGGGCUUUGUGGGAAAAUAAUAAUUCUUCCAAUGUUGCUAAAAUUCCAGAAAAU